GGGAGAACCUAGAUUAUCAGAGUGCAAUCAGACAGCAAGGAUCAGUCCAAAGUUCGUUACUGUGCAAUACCAACAGACCGAGAGACACGGCAGAAAUUUGAGACGGAGGGAACAGGAAAACAAGACGAAAACAUUGAGGAUUUAAUGAGUUGGCAACCAAGAAGAAAAUAGAAGGUGUCUAACAAGACAGGUUCAUUCAACUGGAACAUCUGUGAGAGCCCACGUCUGAGAAGAUGGAUAUCCUUGAGACAGAUGCCUAUGACAAGCGGCAGAGGAGAAAUACGUGCUGCACCCUGCUUUUCUCUCUCUUGCCUUUCUUUUUCUCCACAGCUGUGUACUUCUACCUGUGGACUCCUGACUCGCCCACAUCCAUCUUGUCCGCAGGUGUCAAGUCAGCACCAGUCCUCCUAUUGGCCGCAGUAGUGCUGAGCUGGAAUGGAGGUCAGAGUAUUCUGGGUGUCGUGGGAGGACUGCUCUUCUCUGCUGUUGGUGACUGUUGCUUGAUAUGGCCUGAGCUUUUUCUGCAUGGAAUGGGUGCAUUUGCUGUGGCUCAUCUGAUGUACUCACUCACCUUCCUGUCCAGUCGUUAUGCAACAUAUUCCUCCUCCACCUGUACCUGUUUUCUAUAUCUGAUCCUGUUUGUGGUAGGAGGAGGUUUCUACAUCUACAUAUAUCCAUUCCUGCAGAAGGCACCAAACUCAGAUCUACUAAUUCCAGCUGUGGGAGUCUAUAUAUUCUUAAUUACUCUAAUGGGGACAUUAGCUAUUAGAACCCGCCACGUAGCAACACUGUUGGGAAGUUUGUCCUUCAUGGUGUCUGACAUCUCACUGGCUCUGCAAGUUUUCAAGGUGAUGGCACCAAUGAAGCAUGGUAACAAUAUUGUAAUGGUGACCUAUUAUUUGGCACAGCUACUGAUUGCUGUGGGUGAUGUAAAAGCUGUGCAGAACAAGGAUGACUUUGCAAAAUGGAAGAGGUCCUAAAUGGCAUCUCUGUGGCACCCCUAAAGUAUGAAUGAUCUUCCUCACAUUUAGUUAUUUAAUAAAGUGCCAAUACUACCAUUGAAAACUUCCUGUAGGUGUGAAACCAUCAAAUAAAGGAAAAGAGGAAGAUAAACACAACAAGGACAGUUCUCCUACUGGUCAGCACUUGACGGCUAAUGUAUUCGAAGCUUCACAACUGGAAAAGAUGGAGAAAAAGAGCACCUUGCAACACAAGAUACCUUACUAUAUGUUUAGGAUUUGUAUUUCAUAUUUCAAUGACCAUACUGAUAGUCAUAACAUUUUAAAAUACCACAGAUAUGGCUACAAACAAGACUGAAUGAAACUCAAUGAAUGUCACUUUAGAAUAACAUCUGUAUUUUGUGAUUUGUGGCAAAAUAUUUAGAUCUGUGAUUUUGUGCAACAUCCAUGUUUUAGUGUAGGUUGUGCAUAUGAUGGCGAUUGUUUUCCACUUGUUGGCUUGCCAUUGUAUGUAUAUAAAUACUGCUAUUUGCUUUGUUAAUGAUAAAUAAAUAUGGUUUUAAAAAAAAUAAACAAUGACGUCUGUAACUCUGAGUCAUGUUUUAAGAGACAGCCAACUGAAAAUAAAAGAAAAUACUUUAGCUCAGAGACCUAAGACAAAAAUAACCUUGCAACAAUUAAGUUAUAUAUACAAAUGUAACUGAACUAUCAACAAUUAAAACAGAAGAUACUGUACAUACUACCUGUGAUAGAGAUGCUUGGUAUUACAUUUAAGACAUGAAGAACUGAAAAAGGAUGACUGGAAAAAAGUAUUUUAUACAU